AUGGCCGCAGGCCCGAAACCAGCCCCUCGAGACGAUCUGCUUGCGGUGAGAUUGGUGGUCAGCCUUCCAAGUGUCGGCAAACAACCCGCAACUCAACUUUGGCCGGCCGCUGUGGGCCACCGACAGGGUAAGCCGCGGGACAUGUGGCCAAAAAAGAGAGCAAAUGCGGAAUGCGGAGACGAGUCACCCGUUCAAUGGCCCAAGACGUCCAAUCUGACUUCUCCUGCUGAUCAGCAAAUCACUGAAUUUAUUGUAUCACAGAGCGAGACGACCGCGAAACGUAAGGCGCCGCUCGACGAAACGAACUCAAAGAGCAUCCAUCGGUCAAAGCGGGCCAGGACGUCACGCGAGGACGUCCAUGUGGCUGAGGCAGAGGCAGUAGAGGGGUUUCGAUUCGCACUCCAAAUGCUGGCCGAAUUUGAGGUCGCACGAUCAAAUACAGAGGAGUUCAACAACGGGCACGAUGAGGAUCAUUUUUACAUGGUGCAUCCGUCCGUCGAAGCUAUACCUGCAUUUGCUGCAGGACCUGACCAUCAACCAGGGCUCGGCACACCGGGGACGACCCAGAAAGGGGGAAAAGCCCCGGCGAGGAAGGCGAGUGUGCGUGCGGAAGGCAAGGCUCGCGGUAAUCGGGCUGCCGACGUGCAGGCCGAGGAUGAGACGGAGGGGAAGGCGAAGAAGCCCCGAGCAGAUCCAUGGAGACGCAAACUACCCAGGAACGGAUCAUGGGUUUGCGAGCUUUGUGGAACCAAGUUGGACGUUUAUACGAUCUCGCCCGACACAAUAGAACCAAGCACAAAGGGCCUGAUGGCUCCGUCCAAUGCGAGUGUGGGGCUGUCCAGUCACCAGUGUCGCGAGGAUGCGCUUGCGAGGCAUAAGCGCAAUUCUAGGGGCUGGCCUCUCCGCCUGUGA